AUGGAGCUCCGUCGCCGCUCCAAGCGCAGUCCACUCUCCUACACUGUGCUACUCCUCGGCUUCCUCGAUUCCACCACCGCUAUUCCAUACACUCCCUCCUCCAUCUUCCUCUCUCCGUCACACAAUGACUCCCUUGCCUAUCUGCUGCAGCCUAGCAGCUCCACCGAAGGAAAGACUGAGUUCCUGUCGCUGAACAUCUCUACGAACCUCGACUCCCAAAACCCCACUUACCAUACCUUGCUCUCGGAGACCCCAUUCCAGAGUACGGAGCAGAACUCAACCUUUAUUCCCGUCAUUGACGACCGCGGCAUCAUCUCAGUCUACGCCGGAAACUGUCAUAAUGGGUCAGAAACCGACUCUCUGUGGCGCUUCCAGCCGGACAACACCAGCUCGAUCGGCAAUGGAUCCUGGACACAGUUCGCCGUGAACUCGGGGGAGGAAAAUACAAGACCGAACUAUUUGGCCGCCGGUUUCUCAUUCGUACCCAACAACACGACUGGGACUAUAUUCUACUCGUUUGGAGGAAUGUGUCCCUUUGCAAACAGCACGGAUGACACCUGGGUUUCCGCGGCGAACUAUUCGCAGUCCAUGGUUGUCAUGGAUCCUGAUUCGGAUCACGACACUGAGUACAAUGCUGCGAUUACCGGAGACCGCGCACCACCUGUCCCCGAGGCAGGAAUGGUUGUCGUUCCACUUCCAGAAACGACUUCGCGAACCCAAACCCAACAAGACUUCCUGCUUAUUGGCGGCCAUACACGCGAGGCCUUCCUUAAUAUGUCCCAGCUCGCGAUUUUCUCGGUGCCGCAAGAAAGCUGGAGUUUUGUUACCGUCACCUCGGAUCCCAAGCCUAGGACGGAGCUAGCAGUGCGAGAUGCUGUCACGGUGGAGCCUCGAUCUGGACAUGCUGCCGUUCUAUCGCAGGAUGGGACGAAGGCCUAUGUGGUUGGAGGCUGGGUCGGAGACACCUCUACGCCUGCUGAUCCUCAAUUUGCGGUCCUUCAUAUUGGGCAGGAGUAUGGCGGCAAUGGUGAAUGGGCCUGGACUGUCCCAUCCUCCGAAGGAGUGGGAACUGCUGAGGGAACUGGACUGUUUGGUCACUCGGUAGCCAUGCUACCGGGAGGCGUGUUGAUGAUUGCCGGAGGAUACACUAUCCCCAAACAAUCAUCGUCGAAACGAGCGACGUCUGUGGCAGAACGUAACUCUCAGGUCUAUCUCUACAACACGACCUCAAGCAGCUGGGUGACUUCCUAUUCAAACCCUUCUGCCAGCUCUACACCGACAACAUCAUCUCAUCCCCACGCUCUUUCUUCCGGUCAGAAAGCUGGAUUCGGGGCUGGGCUAGGUCUUGGAAUACUUCUUGUCCUUGCCAUUGCUUUCUUUGUAUGGAGAUACCAUCGGAAGCGCACUGUAAAACGAAAGCGAGAUUCACAACUCCGUGAGUUGGCGCUCGGCGCUGAACGGGCUCACUUCUGGACUCGAGAUGAGCCCCAUCAGGCGAGCAGUAUACGGAGCUCGCAGCUGAGUGAGAAGCAAGACCCGGUGCCUGCCUAUCCUUGGUCCGCGAAUCGCAGUGUCAUAUCACGCCCUGCAUCAUGGAAAGACAAUGGCGACGGAGCUGCAGAGAGGACUGGUCUGCUAGCGGACUCUUCCGGUAGUCCGACCAAAGGAACACGCCCCAUGAGCCAGCAAAGAUCGUACCGUCCGUCGAGUUAUGCUGAGUACCGGCGUAGUGAUAACACGAGCGAGAUUCACCCGAUUGACGAGCGCGAAGAGGAUGAGGCAAUGUUCCGGGAACGCCUGAUGGCAACAAUUCCGAAGGAAAAAAUGCCUGCCGCUCAGGACACGGAGGAUCCAUUUUCAGACACCCCGUUUGUAACACCCCGGACCACCAUCUUUGGUGUUGGCCUAGGACCCUUCUACAGCCGACGAAAGGAUAAUGGCUCUUUAUCAGACGGCCGUGCCUCUCCCACUGGAAAGAGUGACCGAACAUCCACUAACCUCUCUGACUCCUCGGCCUUCUCCUUCUGCUCCGCCACAACUAGGCCCACCGGACAGGUCUCCCAGGCUCGAGGCGUGCUUGUUGAACGGCCAUUAAGCUGGGGUAGCAGUGGUGGUCGCUCUGCCGAACAAAUCGUUGCUGGAUCGACUCACGGCGAUGGAGAGGGCAUGAACGCGCCUUCGAUAAAAUCCAUCUCAACGGACUCCUACUCCACGGCCCAAACCACCUUCUCCCACCGGCAAGCCGAGAAUGAAGCUCUCCUCCAUGAUGCAAACGACACCUUCACCCCUAUUACCCCAACCGAAUCAUCCCCCUCCAAACUCCCACCCGGAUCCAAGCCCAGAGCAUCAGACUGGAUGCUCAACACGGUCCGCCGCGCUCUAACCCUCACCCGUCGCAGCGGUCCAUCCACCCAGCGCGACGACGAGGUCGAUGAAACAGCCUACCUAGCCUCGGGCAUCGACCGACGCAGUACAAUCCUGGGUUCUGGUCCCACACCUAUCGGCAGCGGCACUACCACGCCCCGUCGUGCAGUGAGUGCUUCUGCAGAACUCUUUCGCCGCAAACAAGGCGCGAAGGACUGGAACGCGAAGAAACGCCUGUCCGAGGGACCCAUUGUCAUGCCUCGCGGUACACGUGAUGACCUCUUUAUCGGGGCACCGGGUUACCUUGGUGAUGAUGAGACUUGCGACGAGUACGAGGAUGACUGGGAUGUGGAGGGUGCAGCAGAGGGUCGUAGUGUGCAGAUGACUUAUACCGUUCCUCGUGAGAAGUUGCGGGUUGUCAAUGCCUCGGCUCGAGAUAUGGAUAACAUCUCAGAGCGAUCUAUUAGCGGUGGCGUGCGACGUGUCAGCGACUCGAUAAGUUAUCGACGAGUUAGUCGUUAG